CUAUAGUAAAGCGUGUGCAUCCAUUACAAUAAACAAAGUUUAAUGAUUAAUCUCUCAAAGGAACAACUGAAUUCACGCGACAAAGGACGCAACGCUUUUCCCAUGCAUGAAACGUCAUCAGCUAACUGUCCUCAGCCAAUCAGGAACGAGCUACGGCGCCUCCAGCGUGUCAAAAACCCCUGACGGUUAAGCCGCGUCGCCGCAGACGCGUUUCAAGCACUCGCGCUCACUCACAAUGGCGAGAUAGUCUCGAGAACGAGGAUGCAGCCGCACUUCUUUAGACAACAGACCAUUAAUUUCCCCUGACUUAUCUCCGAUUCAGGCUCCAAACGACGGAAAUACCUUCACGAACCCGAUCAUGGCUCGCGUGGAGCGGAUAGCUGGUGAUUAGAUGGCAGUCGCUGGUGAUAUAUGGGGACUGGAGCGCUGCAACGUACACAGCGGCAGUGAACGGUGAUCAGCGGUGAUCAUGCUCGGACCCAAACCCAGUGUUCUGGACGGGACUGCAGCAGCGGGUGGCGUUUAAAACGAACCGAAGGCACAAAGAAAUAAAAGCCCUGACUGAUCCGGAGCUUUGAGUAUAAGCUGAAAUGGCAGGCAGAAGUCGCAGAUCGUGGUUCAGUGUGUUGCUGGGUCUGGUAGUUGGGUUCACACUGGCGUCCAGGCUCAUCCUGCCCCGGGCCACUGAGCUGAAGAAAGCGGGUCACAAGCGGCGGGCGAGCGGUGGCACGGGCGGCUGCGGAGGUGGAGGAGGGAUGAUGAUGAUGAAGAAGGAGUACGGAGGGGUGCUGAUGGCCGGCACCGAGAAGCCCGCGGUGCCCCAGUCCAACAGUUUCCUGUUCGUGGGCGUCAUGACCGCGCAGAAGUACCUGAACAACCGCGCCGUGGCAGCAUAUAGGACCUGGGCCAAGACUAUUCCUGGCAAAGUGGAAUUUUUCUCCAGCGAGGGUUCUGACACUACAAUCCCAAUUCCCAUUGUGGCUCUGCAGAACGUGGAUGACUCGUACCCUCCACAGAAGAAGUCCUUCAUGAUGCUCAAGUACAUGCAUGACCACUACCUGGACCAGUUCGAGUGGUUCAUGCGAGCCGACGACGACGUCUACAUCAAAAGCGAGAAGCUGGAGAGCUUUCUGAGGAGUCUCAACAGCAGCGAGGCCAUCUUUCUUGGCCAGACGGGCAUGGGCGCCCGUGACGAACUGGGCAAGCUGGCCUUGGAACCAGGGGAGAACUUCUGCAUGGGCGGCCCUGGCGUCAUCAUGAGCCGUGAGGUGCUGCGCAGGAUGGUGCCCCACAUCCGCCAGUGCCUGCAGGAGAUGUACACCACCCAUGAGGAUGUGGAGGUGGGCCGCUGCGUGCGCCGCUUUGCCGGGGUACAGUGCGUCUGGUCCUAUGAGAUGCAGCAGCUGUUCUAUGAGAACUACGAGCCAAACAAGAAGGGAUACAUCCGUGAUCUCCACAACAGCAAGAUCCACCGGGCCAUAACCCUUCACCCCAACAAGAACCCUCCGUACCAGUAUCGCCUGCAUAGCUACAUGUUGAGCCGAAAGAUCGCUGAGCUGCGCCACCGCACCAUCCAGCUUCACCGUGAGAUUGUGCAGAUGAGCCGCUACAGCAACACUGAGGUGCACAAGGAAGACCUCCAGCUGGGCAUGCCUCCUUCGUUCAUGCGCUUUCAUCCCCACCUACGUGAGGAGGUGCUAGAAUGGGAGUUCCUCACGGGCAAGUACAUUUUCUCGUCCUCAGACGGUCAGCCUCCACGUCGAGGCAUUGACUCCUCACAGAAGAUGGCGCUGGACGACAUCAUCAUGCAGGUAAUGGAGAUGAUUAAUGCCAAUGCCAAGACGCGAGGUAGAGUCAUCGACUUCAAAGAGAUCCAGUACGGAUACCGAAGGGUCAACCCCAUGUAUGGGGCGGAGUACGUACUGGAUUUGCUGCUGCUCUACAAGAAGCACAAGGGGAAGACUAUGACGGUGCCCGUGAGGAGGCACGCUUAUCUUCAGCAGACAUUCAGCAAGAUCCAAUUCCUGGAAGAUGAGGAAAUGGACGCCCGAGUGCUGGCUGCCAGGAUCAACCAAGACUCAGACUCGCUGUCCUUCUUGUCUAACUCUCUCAAGAUGCUUGUCCCAUUCAAGCUGAGCGGCCCAGGCGUCGAACAGCAUGAACCCAAAGAGAAGAAGAUCAACAUCCUUGUGCCGCUGGCGGGACGCUAUGAAAUCUUUGUGCGCUUCAUGGCCAACUUCGAGAAGAUCUGCCUCAUUCCCAACCAGAACGUCAAGUUGCUGAUUCUGCUUUUCAGCACGGACAACAACACGGAGCGCAUUAAGCAGAUCGAGCUCAUGAGGGAGUAUCACAUGAAGUAUCCAAAAGCCGAUAUGGAGAUCAAGCCGGUUUCUGGCCCUUUCUCCCGUGCUCUGGCCCUGGAGGUCGGCUCGGCCCACUUUACCAAUGAUUCCUUACUCUUCUACUGUGACGUGGACUUACUGUUUACCCCCGACUUCUUGACCAGAUGUCGCGGGAACACCGUACUUGGGGAACAGACGUACUUUCCCAUCAUCUUUAGCCAGUACGACCCAAAGGUUGUCUACGCGGGCAAGGUGCCCAGCGACAACCACUAUGUGUUCACAUCCAAAACGGGCUUGUGGAGACACUACGGUUUCGGGAUUGUCUGUGUCUACAAAGGAGACUUGGUCAAAGCGGGUGGCUUUGACGUCUCAAUCCAAGGUUGGGGACUGGAGGACGUGGACCUCUUUAACAAAUUCGUCCAGUCCGGGAUCAAGCUGUUCCGCAGCACGGACACUGGCAUCGUGCACGUCCACCACCCCGUGAUUUGCGAUCCCAACCUAGAUCCCAAGCAGUACAAAAUGUGCCUGGGUUCCAAAGCAUCCUCGCACGGCUCCACGCAGCAACUUGCCGAGCUGUGGUUGGAGAAGAACAACCAUGGCUUCCAAAAGAUCUCGAACUCUAAUAACGAAUCAAUGAGGACAGAAUAGACCCCACAAGCGCACAGCCAUCUGUCUUCCUCUUUAUGGUGUUUUUUAACUACCUUAUUUAUUUUUUACAAAAAAGACUUCUGUGGAUAUAUUUUGAAAUAACUUGUUUUGUAAACUGUAAAGGAGCAGCACGACACCUUCAGACUCUGUCUUUUUUUUUUUUUCUUUUUUUUUUUCUUUUUUUUUUUGCAGCGUUACCGAUUGUUAAAAUAAGGAACAUUGACGUAAGAGGAGCAACAACGAGAGAUCUAUUUUACGAAUUUAAUACUGAGCAUUAUAUUUAUGGCACCUCACGUACAGACUUGCUGUGUACCUCACCGGAAAAUGUCGCAAUAGAGUUGAAGAAGGAGUUUGGACACGGACAUGUGGUGUCUGGCAAAUAGUAAAUGUUUAUUUGUGAAUGUUUACAGAGAGCUUUGAACAAGUGAUUGAUACUUGGGAAAGGGGAUCUAUAAAAUAACAAUCUUAAUUGUGACAAUUAAGGGCCAUUGAUCAAAAGUUUCUUUUUUUUUUUCUUUUUGGUUUAUUUUUUCAGUUUAUUUGUCUGGGGGAUCCAUAAUAACACUGUUUUGUUUCCAUUGAUUUUGAUUUAUUUGUUUAUUGACUUCUGUGAAUGAAACUGCUGGAUGUAGAUCUUUCCAUCUCAUUCCCACUGUCUAAUUUAUUGAACGUUCAGUCUCGUAUGAUAUCGGACUGAGGUUGUGUAUGUUAGAGAUUGUGUAACCGUCUCAGUCAUGGAUAGUGUUUUCGUUCCUGUACGUUUUCCUCUCUCCAUCUCGAAUUACUUUGAUUACCAAAGACUUUUUUGCACAGUUGCUGUAGGUGAUAAUUGUUUUGAGCGUGCUUGUGUAUGUAUGUGUGCGUGUAUGUGUCUGUCUGAACACAAGGCGGUGGAGCAGGAAAACACAUGAAUUGUACUGUAGGAUAGAGGUACCAAUGACCAGAUUUCUAUUCUACACAGCUCUAUGAAAGUAUGUCAACAACAAGCCACUUAACAAAAAUGAUGAAAACUAUUUUCUCAUUUUGUUUGAUCAGAGUUUGUUUGCUCCUGUUCGUUAUUUAAUUUUUUUAUACGGUUGCAUACAGGCCUUUCUCCUGUGAUCGAGCCAUGCACUCCAUGGGGAAAUUGGCCUAAACCGCCGCCUCGCCUUCUGAUGUGAGGACCAAUCUCCCACAGUAGUCGGUUUCUAUUUUUUUCUUCUUCUUCUUUGGGGAGUUUUCAUACUUCUGUUCUCUGUUAGCCCCCAUACAACUGGGACAAAUGUUUUAUAUUUAAUAAAAUGGAAAAUGUUUAUCAAAA